GUCAUAAAAAUGUUGCUGACAAUGAGGCGGCAGAAUGAACUGAUAAGCAGCCAGCAGCAUUCCACACCCGGGACGAUCACAAGCACAGCCACGCCUUCACCGCCUCCACCCUUGCACACAGCGGCAGCAGCCCCAUCCACAGCAUUAGAAUCAGCGCCUGGAUUGAGUCUUGUGGCCACCACAUCAACUGUUGCACAAGAUUCACUAAAUACGCCCACAACGCCAGUGAGCCGCAAUCCUUUGCAGUUUGCUGCACAACCCCCACCGCCACUUGCAGCGCCCGGCGUUGCGCCCACUUUCAGCUACUACAAUAGCAACAAUAACAUUGCUGCUGCAGCUGCUCAGCCUGCUACAAGUUAUUUGCAGCAUCUACCCCAAGCUACAGGCAAGGAGGAAUUGGACGAGUACGUGGACAUUUUACAAGUGCAGCAACUAUUGCUGGAUUCGUCAGCGGCCGCCGCAGCGGCAGCUAACCAGAACGUUGCUAAUCCUUCCCAAGAGCAGCAACAGCUACAACAACACCAGCAACAGCAACAACAACAACAACAACAACUCUCUAAACCACGACCGCGCAUCAAUCUACAAAAAGCAUCGGAGUAUGCCGCCCAAUUAGCGCAGGCUGAGACAACAUCGCCUGCAUCGCGUCGCGUAUUGCUGGACUACCCGAAUCCGUAUCUGUACGGCAAUCAUUAUCAUCACACGCCGCCAAGUGAGGACCUUGUGGCCCUUUGGUUUGGCAGCAAUGGAACAGGUGAGUCAUUCAGUCCCAUAUACAUAUAG